AUGGACUUGGCCAAGAAUUCUUAUCUGUUUCGAGAUUUACCCAAUGGCGCGAGUGCCGAACCGAUCAUGGAACAUCACGACGAGACGUAUGACAAUAAUGACAAGACCAAAGACAUUGAAAUGCCCGAAUUUCUACAAAAACGAGCUCUCUACCACCGUGUGGUGCUCUUUUAUUCCCCCAAAUGUCCGCAUUGCAUCCACUUUGCACCCACUUACAUUGAAUUUGCCCGGUAUUUUGGCAACUUGACUCGUAAUCAAGAUACCAUUUAUGCAGAUGUCAAGGUCAAGUUUAUUGCCGUGAGUUGCAUCAGCUACAAGAGAAUUUGUCGGCUCCAAAAGGUCAACUCGUAUCCCGUCCUCAAGGUAUUUCCCGCAAAGGAGGCCGAGCAUAUUUUUCAUCCACACGAACUCCAUCCCUUGACUGUGCUCAAGGCACUGGGAGAUGGUUUUGUCAAAGACACGUGGUGGGACAAGAAGAGUCACUUUGGAGAUACCUUUCAAACAAUACAGGCCCAACAUCAGAAAUCCACUCCCAAAAAAGCAACCAAUACUCCAAAAGAAGAAGCGACAACAACCUACUUUUCCAUGACACGGUCCCAACCCCAAGUGUUUGCAGAUGCCUACUUGUCAUUUUACAAUGCCAUGAAAGACUCGGUCUUUUUGAAGGAUGGAGCUCUCCCCAAAAUACGCAAGCAGGCGCUUCAUCAAUUCCUACAACUCUUGAAACGAACAUUGCCACCCUGGCGACUCGGUUGGCUCGUCAAUGAUCUCUACGAAGACUUUCACGAAAACACCGACAUGGAAAGCACGUGGGAGAUGAUUUUGGAACAAUUCCCACCUCCUCAACCCACAUGGAGUCCGGCCUGUCAGGAACACGAAUCACCCUACACGUGUGGACUCUGGACGCUCCUGCACAUAAUCACGGUGGGGGUCGUCGAAUACAAUCGACAAGUCAUUCAUCCUAAUAAAUUUGCCGUCCAAUCCGUGUCCAUGGCAUCCUUGAUGCUGCGAGAGUACAUUCAUCACUUUUUUCUCUGCGAAGAAUGCUCCACACAUUUUGUACAGGCAUUUGAUGCCUGCGCGUAUCGUCGCUGUCAACGCAUGAUCGAUCACAAUCACACUUCCGUGUCACUGGAGGAAUGGCAAGAGUUGCCACUGUGGCUGUUGGAAUUCCAUAAUGGAGUCAACAUUCGAUUGCAGACGGAACGAUGGCAACGACAAGGAAGACAACCAGAACCAGCCACUCUGGAGGAAGAAGAAGCCGUCCUGUGGCCACCCGUCCAGGAGUGUCCCUCGUGUUGGAUGCAUCCCAUGAAUGGGGCCGCCUCGCAGUACAAUGCCACCAUGAUGUAUCAGUAUCUGCGUCUCAUUUAUUGGCCCGAAGAUGGGGAAGCCAUGCAAACCAAGCAAGAAAUCCAGGCGGCCAAACUCCUCUUUGCACAGCAGCCACCACGACUGCAGCAGAGACAACUCAAACCAGAUGGUGCCAGCAGCUUGGUCGACACAGUCGCGGCAGAUGGACCCUACGUGGUGGUCAGUGCUGCCGUGUGCGGCGUGUGGUUGUUUGUCCUGUGGAAAAAGUUUCUCAUGGAUAGGAUGCUGGGUAUCCAUCGCACCAAGAUGAGGACUGUGUAG